AUGGGAUCCACGGAUCUUGAAACUGACGGCGUUGCAAUGUGGGAGAAGGAAUGCUCAAGAAUUGUAGAUAAUUACGAUGCUGCAAUUGUCUACUCUGAGAAAGAUGUCGAUGAAGCCAAACACAUCAUGGAGAAGAUGAACAAUUUGGAAUUGGGCAAUGGUAGAAGGCCAUUUGUAUGUUUGUAUGAUAAUCCACAGUUCAGCCCUUCGAUCAUUAAAAGACCAUGCUGUUUGGUCAACAAAUGCUUAUUUCUCUUCUGUUUGUUGACCAAAAAUUUCAGGGAAGACAAGCAAUUGGAUUUGGUUCUGGAUGAGGCUUUAGGAAUUACCCUACUAGCGACUUGUGGAAAUUGUGGUAUUCCCGCAACUUCUGUUCAGAGAAACAUGCACUCUGUAAGACCACUUCAUACUCGAUCACAAGCAACUAGGGAUUACACAAUUCCCUCAGGUCUUACCACUAUAACAGGAUUUGAUCUUUCUAAACCUUCCUGUUGGGAUGACUUGAGGUACUUCUUUAAUUGUUUCAAGAAUGACAAAUGCUUUCUCAAUGGCUGUGUUCCAACAUCAAAUGUAUCAGCUUCUGACAGAACAGCAUCUGCAAGAGCAGCUUCUGAGAUAACAGCAUCUGCACGCACAGUAUCUGUGAGAAGAGAGUCUGCAACAACAGUAUCUGAGACACCAGCAUCUGCAAGAUACGCUGCAACGUGGCCUUUUCCCAGUACAGCUCCUAGUUCAGCUCUUGCCUUGCCAAAGCAGGAACUCUCCCUCAACUCUAAUCAGAUCCCUCAGAUUUCAGCUGGCUGCUAUCCAUCAAACGUUACUUCAAAAGAACCCAGUUUAUUCGAUGGACAAAAUUUAAGUGAAAAGAAGGAGUGUUGUCUAGAAGCUGAUUUAUUUAACCUGAAUUCUAAAGAUGAAUUGCCUCAAAUCAUGAUUGACAGUGCCUACCAUAGUAAUAAGGCAUGUGCCUCUACCAGUUACAACCAGUCUUUUUCAAUUUCUGAAAGAGGUAAUCAAGUAAAUGGAACUUCAAAUUCAGACGACUCUGGCAAAUAUUCGUCUAGAAACACAGAUCUGAUGGUACAGGAACCGCCUAUGGAAGUGGUACAUGUACCAAACCGCAGAUUCUUCUCAAAGGCGUCAGAGAUAAUAGAAAAUGGCACACUUGUGACGUAUGGAAACAGUUCUAGAUCAUCUAGAAGUCUGGAGGACCCUGGAGCUCUGCUAUUUCCAAUGAAGAAGAAGCCAUCUCGAAAACCAAAAUCCAAGAAAAGGGUUACCAACUUGGUUGGGUGUAAUAUUGUACAGUUUAGUAAUGGUGCUCAGCAUAUUGGUAAUUCCUAUAAAGGGAAAUUUUCCCCACAGAAGGAUGAUGAUGAUUCUGACAGCGAAUGGAGUAAUGAGGAUCCGAUGACUUUGUCCAUCAAGAACAUAGAAGGAUCUGACAAACAGGAAUCUGCAGGAAAGAAUGUAGUACCAUCAGAUUCCAUUCCUGACCAACCAAAUGUGGACCAAUUAGAUCGAGCAGAUAAUUUUGAUCUCUUCUCUCAGGAUGAUAAUGCAACGACCGCUAUUGAUGAGAGCAGAGAUUCGCUACAGCAGAGUAUUUCAACUGAAAGCUGGACUGAUUCAACAAUCUUGAGUCAUACCCACCAAGGCCCUAAUGGAGAGAGAUUUGAUUCAGUCAUUGCAGCAGCUUACCAUGAUUCAAAUGAGGAAAAUCCACCAGAUGAUCUGCAAGAAGCAUUAUCACGAGAAGAACCACUAUCUCUUGGUUCAAUAGGAUGUGUUGAGGCUGCUGGUGGUAGAGCUCCAAUAAUUGUUAACCAAGAUCAGUUGGGAUUUAUUGGAGCUGAAGAAAUCCAUUUACAUAGAUUUUCCCAACCCGGAACCUCUCCAUUUUCCUACCACAGUUUACACUCUAACCACUUGCCAGAUCGACAAAUGUCUUUUGUUGAUGUCGCAAGAUUAACUGGUUUGUACGAGUCUGUUUCUGUACAAACAGAUGAAUUGGAUUAA